AUGGAUGAUCUGUUUAGGGAGAAUGGAGUGGGGCUGGCUGGCAAACUACUAUGGCAUCUUGUGGAGGAUGAGAGUCUCAAUGUUGUCUCGGUUGAGCAGGUAAGAGAGAGCUUCGAGCGCCUUCUUAAGACGGAAACACUUCCCAUGGGACUGGAGCUGGAUCUCUGCUUGCUUGUUGACAGGUCUUCUGUUCAGAGUCUGUUAGAGAGAGCCGACGAUUCGGUGCCCUUUGUGAUUGAAGUCAUGAGCAAUAGGGUGACUGAGGAUGCUGGCACUGAAGGCUUCGUCAAAAUUGCCACGGAUGUGUUGAUUCCUGAUGUGUGGUUCUUGUCAGAAAUUUCACCUGGGCAUCUCGAUCCCGGCGGUGGAGUCAUCUACAGAGGUGCGCUCACCACUGAUGCGGACGGUGGGACGGGAAAACAACAGUUGGUCGGGCUGUCCUAG